GCUGCGCGGCGCUGGGCGAGGCUAGCGGAGGGGCUGGAGGCCUUGGUGGUCGGGGCGGACUGGCGGAUGAGCUGGGGCCGCUGGGCUAGGAUCUGAGCUCGGCGAAGAGACGGCAGCUGUAAGGGUCACGGCACUUGGACGGCCGGGCCGACGGGGCCUGGCGCUUGAAAGCCCCGGCUGCAGAUUCUCGGAAGGUGCCGCUGCGCGGGGAUGGACCCGGGUGAGCCCCGCAAGCGCAGGGCGACCUAGGGACGGGUGAGGAUGUUCUGGACCUUCAGGGGCAUGCUCGUCCGGGUGGCUGUCUGCCCAGCCCAGCGCCAUGCACACGCUUGUGUUCCUCAGCACACGGCAGGUGCUUCAGCGCCAGCCAGCUGCCUGCCAAGCCCUGCCCCUGCUGCCCCGGGAGCUCUUCCCCCUGCUGUUCAAGGUGGCCUUCAUGGACAAGAAGACGGUUGUGCUGCGUGAGCUGGUGCACACAUGGCCCUUCCCACUGCUGAGUUUCCAGCAGCUGCUGCAGGAGUGUGCCCACUGCAGCCGCACCCUGCUGCAGGAGCGGCUCAGCACAGAAAGCAUGCAGGCUGUGAUCCUGGGGUUGACUGCCCGGCUUCACACUCCAGGAAAAGAGGCUGGCACGCAGCCCCUUUGCAGGAAACAUGCAUUGCGGGUGCUGGAUAUGACUGGUCUUCUGGAUGAUGGUGUAGAGCAGGAUCCCGGAACCAUGAGCAUGUGGGACUGCACAGCCGCUGUCGCCAGAACGUGCAUUGCCCAGCAGCAGGGUGGGACUGCUGAGCCAGGGCUGUCCCCGGUCCCCGUGGAAGUUCGUGUGGACCUUCGGGUGAACCGGGCUUCCUACACAUUCCUUCGUGAGGCACUCCAAAGUAGUGUGGACAGCCCCCUGCGGCUCUGCUGCCGGGACCUCCGGGCUGAGGAUCUGCCCAUGCGCAACACCGUAGCCCUGCUGCAGCUUCUAGAUGCGGGCUGUCUGCGCAGGAUAGACCUGCGCUUCAACAACCUGGGCUUGCGUGGCCUGUCUGUCAUUAUCCCACACGUGGCCCGCUUUCAGCACCUAGCCAGCCUGAGGCUGCACUAUGUGCAUGGGGACUCGAGGCAGCCUUCUGUGGAUGGCGAGGACAACUUUCGCUACUUUCUGGCGCAGAUGGGCCGCUUUAUCUGCCUUCGGGAGCUCAGCAUGGGCUCCUCUCUCCUUUCAGGCCGGCUGGGUCAGCUGCUCAGCACCCUGCAGAGCCCCCUGGAGAGCCUAGAGCUGGCCUUCUGCGCACUGCUGCCCGAGGACCUGCGCUUCUUGGCUCAGAGCCCUCAUGCUGCCCACCUCAAGAAACUGGAUCUCAGUGGCAACGACUUGUCGGGCAACCAGUUGAUCCCCUUUCAGGGGCUGCUGCAGGCCGCCGCAGCCACGUUGCUGCAUCUCGAACUGACUGAGUGUCAGCUUGCUGAUGCCCAGCUGUUGGCCACACUGCCCACCCUGACUCGAUGUGCCAGUCUGCGCUACCUUGGUCUCUAUGGCAACCCUUUGUCUAUGGCCGGACUUAAAGAGCUGCUCCGAGACUCUGUGGUACAGGCUGAGCUACGCACUGUGGUCCACCCCUUCCCUGUGGAUUGCUAUGAAGGCCUUCCUUGGCCACCACCUGCCUCUGUCCUUCUGGAAGCCUCCAUCAAUGAGGAGAAGUUUGCCCGUGUAGAAGCUGAGUUGCAUCAGCUGCUGUUAGCUUCAGGCCGGGCCCACGUACUCUGGACCACUGACAUCUACGGGCGCCUGGCUGUGGACUAUUUCCGCCUCUGAUGGCUAGGGUCUUGAUGAGGGGCAGGUCAAGCCCUGUGAGACUUUGCUGGAGGCCAGACUCAGAGGCUUUCCUAGGCCAUGGGCCGUACCUCCAGUCUCCGUGCUUUGUAUCUGCUCCCUGUAGCUGGCUGACUGUUGCUAUCUCAGGACGGCACUCCCCUACUCGGAAUGUAGGCACCUGACUGCUCGCCUGGGGUGCCCCCUCUGCAGAAAACAGCAGUCCCUGGGCACAUCCCGUGCCCUUAGGAGUGCAGCUCACUGGGGUAGAGGUUAGGAUGGUCGAUUUCAGGUAGUCUUGGGAGUACCCAUGCAGUCUAGGGCCUUAAGCUGUUCAUCCUGCCUGGCAUCUGAGGCACCCUAUUACCUGGCUCUGUAGGGUGUGAGCAAGGUACAAACGUGCAGUAUCUGGAACUUGAA